CAGUUACGUUAAGAAUUCGAAAAACGGAACACUUAGUCAGCAGCGCAAAUAACUGAUUAGAAACCAUGCGAUUAAUAUUAUUCCUAAUUUGUACCAUUGGGACGUUAAAUAAGUGUUUUGGUGAUGGAAGUCCUGAGUCUAUACGAGAUCAACAAGGAUUUACGAUGAAAAGUUUCAUGAAUGAUUCAAUCAAUCCUUGUGAUAACUUUUACAAAUACGCGUGUGGAAAUUGGGCGAAACGCCAAACUAUCGGGAAAGAUGAAUUCAGUUUCGGUGUUCUGGACGUCAUAACGAAAAAAGUGAAUAAAUUCCUCGAAGAAUUGAUUUUGUUUAAUAAUUAUACAUCCACGCCUAGUGAAAAAGUACAAAGUAUUCUAAAAAGCAGUGAAGUGAAAAAGAUACAAAACUAUUUUUCAAUAUGUCGAGAACAGAAAAAGUUAGAGUAUGAACCAUAUAUCAAGGCCUGGGGUAUCCCAGGUGGAUGGCCAACUUUGAAUUCUACUUGGAGCAAUCAAACAUUUGAUUGGUUGAAUAUAACGGCACAGUUAAAACUAAUCGAAUCUCAAUCCCUCAUCGAUGCACAAAUAGCACCCUAUUACAACAAUGCAACCCGAAAUACAAUUUAUAUCCUUCCGGCGGAGUUUCCCGUCUUCAAACCUUCGAUGUACGAGGAAAAUCCUAUCAUAAAACUGAUAAUUUCAGGAUUGAUAUCGAUGUCGUUUGAGUCACUUGGAUUAAGUGAAGUUCGAUUUGAAAAAAUCGUAUCGGAUGUGUUGGCUUUUGAAAUUAAAUUGGCCAGCAUUUUUCCGAACGAAAAUGAGGAAAAUGAGGAAAUUGAAGAUAUGCCUUUGGAAACACUUCAGGAGUUAAUGCCAAAUAUUGACUUCCAACGGUUUUUGAACAUAGUAUCGGGUGGUGUUGUCAAUAAAUCGCAAGAGGUGACGAUAGCCUAUUCAUCGUAUUUUAGAAAUCUGUCAGAAUUGAUAAAUGAAACCGAACCCGAGGUUUUAGCCAACUUUUUCUUAUACAGAUUUACCUUGCAAAUCGGCACCACAGAGAAAGUUGAGGUUUAUUGUAGAGACGAAGUUAUAGAUUAUAUGGGCUUUGUUCUCGGAUAUGUCUACAAUAUGGCUUUUAACGACGAAAGAGAUAGCGCGGAUGUCAAGAUGAUUGCGCAGAACAUCAAAAGUGUGUUUACAGAUGCAGUACAGGAAAUUAACUGGAUGGAUCAGGACACGAAAGAGGAAGCGCUGACUAAACUAAAUAAUUUACUAUUACAAGUCGGCGCCUCUGAUGAUGACCUUCUGUUCAAUGAUAUCAAGGAAGAAUUCGCUCUUAUUGACCUUGAUCCCAACGAUUAUUACCGAAGUUACUUCAAACUAUCUGCGUUUUCCACGCGAAAGUUAUUCAAGCAGUUGCACAAAAUCAAUAAAAGAACUGAAUCAAACUACAAUGCCGCAAUGGUUAACGCAUUUUAUAAUAGUGCUAGGAAUCAUAUAUUCAUGCCUACAAAUAUACUACAAAGUCCAGUAUAUAAUUUUCACUUUCCGUACAGUGUUAAAUACGGUGCCCUAGGAUCGAUCAUGGGUCACGAGAUUACACAUAGCUUGGAUGCAACUGGGCGAGCAUACGACUCAAAUGGGACAAUUCGCAGCUGGUGGACAGAGCAAUCAGAAGAAGAAUAUCUUAAUCGGACACAAUGCUUGGAAAUGCAGUACGCCAAAUAUACACCCUCUUCCCUAAAGACAUCGGCGAAUAGUGUAGGGGGAAAUACUCUCGAUGAAAACAUUGCUGACAAUGGUGGAUUACGCCAAUCCUAUCAAGCUUACAAGGAUUGGUAUAUGAAACAUCCUAACGAACAGGAAACCUUACCACAUCUUAAUCUUACCAACACCCAACUUUUCUUCCUAAGUUUCGCUCAGUUUUACUGUGAAAUGAAUAAACCGGCUGCACUGCUGAUAAAUACCUUAACCGAUGAGCAUAGUUUAAGCAAAAACCGAGUUAUUGGAACGCUAUCAAAUUUCGAGGAAUUUUCAAAAGAAUUUAACUGUCCCAUUGGCUCCAAAAUGAAUCCAGCUAAGAAAUGUAGAGUUUGGUAGCGGAAAAUAUGCAAACUUUUGCGGAAAAGAUGCUAAACGAGGCUGUAAUUGAAAAGUAUCCUCUCAACAUAUUCCGAAAAGUUUCCACUUCGAUUCCAUUGAAGUAAGUGGUUCACAAAAUAAACAUUUUAA